UUGUCAAAAAUAUGUUAGGUUAUGUUGAUAUGUUUAUCAUGUUUAGUCGAAAAGAGCAAUUAAACGCAAAAACGGGACCUGAUGGGGUUGGUAGACGAGAAUAUCUUCAACAAUUAGUUGAAGAAUUUAAUAAAACUCAAUCUUACGAUGCUAAGCAACAAAUUUUAGCAAAUUUGGCUAAUUUUGCUUACGAUCCAAUUAAUUACGACUUUAUUAAAGAGUUACACAUUACUCAGUUGUUUUUAUCACAACUUACGGAUUCAAAUGAGGAAUUGUUGGAGUUUAGUUUGGCGGGGUUAUGUAAUUUAAGCUCUGAUCCAACCAUAAAAGAUAUUAUAAUAAAAUCUAACGGAGUUUUUUUAAUAUCGCAACAAUUAUUACAUAGAAAUGAAGAAAUAGCUUUAAAUGCUUUAACAACCUUAAUAUUUCUUAUUACACCAGAAUCACAAGCUAGUAUCACUACUCCAGAUAUUAUAAAUAAAGUGCUACAUUAUAAAACUCAUUCAAACGCACGUUUUAAAAAUUUAAGCACAAUUUUUUUAGAUGAUUUUUGUUCUCAAGAACAAAUCGAUUGUGCGAAAAAGUUACAAUUAAACACCGUUGAUAUUCCUUUACCACAAUUAAAUCCUUUCUUCUUUCACUUUAACAUGUUUCGAAGGGCACAAUUUAAUAAGAAAAGUUUAUUAAAUUUUUAUCGACACUCCAGUUUUAAAGUUGGCGAUAAAGUGACCGUCGAAAGGGAAAUUACGAAAAGCGAUGUUAAGAGUUUUGGAGAAAUCACCGGCGAUAUAAAUCCGGUGCAUUUUCCUGAAAAUUCUUCUUCAGUUGGGGUCGUUCAUGGCGCUUUUUUAAACGGUAUCGUUUCUGGAAUUAUUGGCACGCGAUUACCUGGUCCUGGAACUUUGGUAGUUUCACAAAGUUUAAAUUUUCCGAAUAAAUGUUUUGUUGGCGAAAAGAUUAGUGUUGAAGUUGAGUUAAUGGAAAUGAGGAAAAUUAUUAAAGUAAAGUUUGUUUGUGAAGUUAAGGAUAAGGCAAAAAUUGUGAUGUACGGUGAUGCGAAAUUAAUCAAAAAAUAAAUGUUAUUUUAUAAUUUA